AACUCCAAUCUUCCUCGACUCUUCCAUCCUCCCAUCACUUAAAUUCUCACUCUGAUUUAUAUCGCUGGACUGCUUUGAUCCAUCUACUGUACAUUUCGUGGUUGUAUCCCCACUUCUCUCCCCCUUUCGCGCCUGAUCUUUCUCUUUCUCCCCUCCCUCCACACGUGUGACGUGAUAUCACUCCUACACCCACCGAGAGUGUUGCCGGCCUAGAACUCCCUUUCUCCCUCCCCCCACCACCUCCUUCAUCUAGCCAUCAUGGCUGACGAUACCGCCCCCGCGGAUCAGUCCCCUAUCACUUUCAAUGUCAAGGCGUCCAACGAUGCCAAAUAUACGUUGACCUUGCCUCUCUCCACGUCCGUGUCGGAUUUGAAGGAGCUGCUCUCCGCCUCGGACUAUGCAGAUACUCCCGCGGAGCGACAACGUCUGAUUUAUUCGGGUCGCGUCCUCAAGGAUAAUGAAACCCUAAACACGUACAAGAUCAAGGAUGGACAUACCAUUCACCUAGUGAAAAGCGCCGCCAGCAAUCCAACCCAGAGUGCUUCACAGCGCACGGCAAACCCCACGCCUGCGGGGCCCGCGGCCAACCCUGCGGCGAGUGGCGUCCCCACCAACCUUGCCGCCGGUACGGGCAACAACCCGCUGGCCGGUUUGACCGGCGCACGAUAUGCGGGAUUUGCACAGCUUCCGGGCGCGGGCAUGUUCGGUCCUGAUGGCGGGAUGGGACCGCCUCCUGACUCGGAGACCAUGCUCAACAUGCUCGAAAACCCUCAGUUCCAAUCCACCAUCAACGAAGCCCUGCAGAACCCGGACAUGAUCGAUAUGAUGAUUCAACAGAACCCCUUGCUGCGCGAUAUGGGCCCGGGCGUGCGACAGAUGAUGCAGAGCCCAGACUUCCGUCGGAUGCUGACGGACCCCAGCUCCCUCCGUCAAGUGAUGCAGAUGCAACGGGCCAUGGGGGGUGGCGGUAUGAUGGGCGGUAUGGGCGGCGGUGGUGGUGCCAGUGCAUUCCCUGCCCCCGGGGUCACCAACACCACGCCGGAGGAGAACCGCGCUGGGCAGGAGGGUGCGACCGGCAACAAUAAUACCCCCUCGCCGCUCGCUGGCCUCCCCCCGUUCAACCCCUUUAUGCCACAGGGCAUGGGUGCAGGCAAUCCGUUUGCUGCCCUCUUCGGUGGUAAUCCGGCCAACAACACCGCCUCCCCGAGCAACCCCCAAGAUCCAGCCCAGCCGGCAACCGGGGACAACCCCACCGAGCAGAACCCGAACCCACAGGGCACGAAUCCUCUAGCUGGUCUGCUGAACCCGGCCAUGUUUGGCAACGGGCAAGGCGGUGCGGGAGGCGUCAACCCCUUCAACCCGCAGACCAACCCCUUCCUGCGAGACCCGGCGUUGAUGGCGCAGAUGAUGCAGGCCAUGAAUGGUAACGCAGGAGGGGAGGGGGGCGCCGGGGGGGCGAACCCGCUCGCCGCUCUCUUGGGGGGUGGUGGCGGCGGCUUCGGGGCCACGCCCCCCGACAACCGGCCCCCGGAGGAGCGAUAUGCGGAGCAGCUGCGGCAGUUGAAUGACAUGGGAUUCUUUGAAUUUGAGAGGAACAUCGAGGCACUCCGUCGAGCUGGUGGCAGUGUGCAGGGGGCGGUGGAAUACCUGCUUAGCCAUCCAUCGUAAUUCCGUUCUGACAGGCCGCGCUUAGCUCGGAAAACGGGGUGUCUUUGCUGGUGUUUCAUUCAUGACUACUUAUUACCCUUUGCAUUGCUUUCUUCUCUUCUCCUUUUCUCCCUCUUUUUUCUUCUUCCAUUUCAUCUCUUUAUCAGUUAUUUAUCUUCUCCAUCUUCCCCUCUUUGAUGUCAAAUAAUGGGAUGGUCUUUAUUCGCCAAUGUCGUAUGACUCAGUCGAUCAAUAUUUCUCUGCACAGUUGGUCCGCAAAUUGAUGGCCGUAGAUAUG